AUGGCUUCAUCGUCUCAUUUGACUCCAUCUCAAUCAUUAGCAUUCAUACCAAUCAUUGAUGUUGAACUUGAUGCUGCAAAACGGGAAUUCAUUAAACAGUUAUUCAAUGACAGUUGUAUACGUUUACCCGACGCUUAUUUUACACGAAUGGUACACGUUGGAAUGGCUCAUCCAUUUAUAAAAUUAGUCAUGGAUGUAAAUCGCGAAGAGAAACGGAGAAAGAAAAUAUUAAAUGAUACGCUGCAUCAAAUAGAAGCCGAAUCGAGAAAAAGAAAAAAUCAGAACGAAAACAAUGAUAAUGUUGAACAUAGAAGAAAAUUGAAACAAUAUAAAAGUUCACACGAAGUUCAAUCCAAUGAAAUGACCUAUCAUUAUGUGCCUGUGUUUGCCGAAGAAGAUCAAAAAUUAUUCGAAGAACUAUUUCCUGAUCAUUCCAAUCUUGGAAAGUCAUCCAACAAAUGA